AUGAUCGCCCUGCACAUUGACAAGCACUACUCCAUGGGUGUGACUAACAGAACUCUGACACCCCCAGAAUGUAAAUGCUUCCUCCAGGCAGACGACAGCGGCGCUAGCCAGCCUCGCCCCGCCGGCCUCUCCCCAGUGUCCGCGCCCGCCGGGUCGGUCCUGUCCUCUGGCCCGCCACCCUCCCACGCCCGACUUCGCUUCCGGCGGGCUCCCCUUCCCCACGGGCGCUUCCGGUCUUCCCCUGAGGCUCAGGUCACCUCCGCUGCUUUUCGGUCCGUGCUCCGCCGGCCGCUCUCACAUCUAGGCGUCUUGGCGGCUCCCUCCGCGCCGUCCCCUGCUCCCCUCCUUCCUGACGAGCGCUUCCCGGGUGCCCACACCCUUUCUCGGCGGGCGGGCGGGCCGCGUGAGGUGAGAGCCGCUCUCGCGGCGGCUCGGACGCGCCAGUCUGCCCGCUGUGCUGCACGACGGGGCCGGUCGGGGCCUUGGCACCCAGCCGCCCUGGUCAUCGCGGGGACGGCCGGUCGGGGCCUUGGCACUCAGCCGCCCUGGUCAUCGCGGGGACGGCCGGUCGGGGCCUUGGCACCCAGCCGCCCUGGUCAUCGCCGCGACGGCCGGUCGGGGCCUUGGCACCCAGCCGCCCUGGUCAUCGCCGCGAGGGCCGGUCAGGACCUUGGCACCCAGCCGCCCUGGUCAUCGCGGCGACGGCCGGUCGGGGCCUUGGCACCCAGCCACCCUGGUCAUCGCGGCGACGGCCGGUCAGGGCUGGCACCCAGCCACCCUGGUCAUCGCCGCGAGGGCCGGUCGGGGCCUUGGCACCCAGCCGCCCUGGUCAUCGCGGCGAGGGCCAGUCAAGGCUGGCACCCAGCCGCCCUGGUCAUCGCCAAGACGGCCGGUCAGGGCCUUGGCACCCAGCCGCCCUGGUCAUCACCGCGACGGCCGGUCAAGGCCUUGGCACCCAGCCGCCCUGGUCAUCGCAGCGACGGCCGGUCGGGGCCUUGGCACCCAGCCGCCCUGGUCAUCGCAGCGACGGCCGGUCGGGGCCUUGGCACCCAGCCGCCCUGGUCAUCGCCGCGACGGCCGGUCAGGGCCUUGGCACCGACCUGCCUUGCACAUCGCCAUGUUCCUCCCAUCGUGCACUUCCAGCUGCGCUCGGUCACGUCUUGACAAAUUUGUAAAAAACACUAAUUUCAUUAGACUUUGACUCUUCAGUACAUGUCUUUUCCCAUAUAGCUAUCAGUUAUUCUAGCACCAUUUAUGAAAAAAACUAUUAUUUUCCAUGAAAUUAACUUGGCACCUUAGUGGAAAAUCAAUUGACCAUAUAAUUAUGGGUCUAUUUCUGGACUCAAUUUUGUUCCAUUGAUCUAUGUCUUUACUUACGCAGAACCCAUGCUGACUCCAUUACUGUAGCUUUCUGUGUAGUAAGUUUUAAAAUCAGGUAACAUGACACAGCCAACUGCACCCAGCUCAGCUCCCCUCUCUUAGCCAGAGGUGCUGAUUGGACCCACAGUCGCGGCAAGAGGGUGAUGGGGACGGGCACCUGCUCUGUGCUGGGACGCAGAUGUACAGGGCCAGCUGGCCUUCAGGGAGGGCUCACCACCCAGGGGGCCUACUUCUCUGCAGUUCCUUUCUCUCUCGCUGCCCUUGAUAACCUGGGGUCUUGCCUUUGGCAAAGGAUGCCAAGCAAAGGUCUGCCCUGAGCCUGAGGUUCUCAGCCUCCUACUGGCUCUCUUUGCAUCAGCCUCAUCUACCUCAUGUCACCACCUGCUCCAUCUUCUCCAUGGUUGGUCUGUGUGGCAUCUACAAGAUCUGAUUCACUCUGGACCAGGUGACAGCUCCAGUCCUCACACCAGCCAAGGGUACAGGCAAGAGUGAGAAGAAAAAAAAGAGGAACUAUCUUCUCAAUGUCCAAGAAAAUAGAUUCUUUAUAAAAUCAGGUAGUAUAAGUCCCCAACUUUGUUCUUUUUAAAAGUUGUUUUGCAUAAUCUAUGCCCCUUGCUUUUCCAUAUGAAUUUUAGAAUCAUCCUAACUUUGGUUAUUUUAUUCUUUUGCGUGGCUUAUACUUUCAUUAAAUAAGUUUGUAUCCCUAAGUGGUUCUUAUGAUUGUUUUGCAUGUUUUUAUACUUUACAUGCUGUUUCUGCAUCUUGCUUUUUUCAUUCAAAAAAAGUUAUCAAUUCUCAAUCUGAUGUCCAUGCAUGAAUUGAAAAAUCCAUAAACACUCUGAGCUCUGAUGUAAAACAGACAGGUAGGUAUGUGCACAUGGUGGUUUUAUAUAUUCCUUGACAUUCAGAAAUUCUUUGACAUUCCUCCCUUCAACAGGUAGAGCCACUCGAGGGUGGGCUGAACUUGACUCACAACAAGUAGAACAUGGCAGAAGUGAAGUGUCAUUUCUGAGACUGCAUCAUAAAAGUCACCACUUUGUCCUUGUGCUCUUGGAUCACUGACUGGGGAAAAUCAGUUGCUGUGUCAUGAAGACACUCACAGCAGGAAAAUAAGACCUCCUGCCAACAGCCAUGUGAAUGAGCCGCCUUGGAAGCAGAUCCUCUAGUCCCUGUCAAGCCUUUAUUCAAUCGACUGUAGCCCAGGCUGACAUCUUGACUGAAACCUGGAGAGACCCUGAGGGCAGCUGAGAUCAACUGCGCAGAAAUUGGUGAAAUCUCCACUGACAACUCUCUGUUCGGGUAAAUAGAUGGAUAAUGGAGCCAGCCCAGGGGCCCCUGUGAGAUAAUGAUGUGCUUUCAUCCUGUUACUUCAAGGACAUUGAAAGUUUGCAGGAAAUACAGAAGAUAAAGGAAUAAGCUUAAUACCACAAGAAAGCAAUCAGACAAAUCCAGGUUGGACAUUAUAUGGGAUGGCUACUCCAGGAACUGAGGAAAGACUGGUGGUGUUGGGAUGUACUAGGAGUGGAGAGGAACUAUUCUAGAUUAAAAGAGACAAAGAAAACACCAAACCAAGCCUAACAUGUGGGCUCUACGCUUUAAACAAACUAUCUAUAAAUAGCUAUUUUUUAGAUAACUGGAAAAUUAUGAAUAUGAACCAGGUAUUAGACAUAUUAAGAAAUGACUGUCAAUUGUGUAAUUAACAUGAUAAUGGCAGUUAUAAAAAAUUGUCUCUAUUUUUAAGAGGAGCAUCC